AAACUUAUCAAACGAAUGACGUAUCCUGAUUUCUUGUGACGUUAUUGACUAGCCGGUAGUGCUAAGUUUUGUUUUUACAAAUAACUUUAAUUAGAAAUCUUCAUAAUGACCUUGGAAAUAGAGUCAAUGGUACGAUACACGUCGCCGAUAAACCCGGGCGUGUUUCCACACCUCACUAUAUUAUUGCUCGGUAUCGGCAUUUUCUUCAUGGCAUGGUUCUUCGUAUAUGAAGUAACAAGCACCAAAUCAACCAGAGAUCUCUUCAAGGAACUCUUGCUGUCACUCGUCGCGUCUUUAUUUUCCGGCUUCGGUGUGCUGUUUCUCCUGUUAUGGGUUGGCAUUUACGUGUGACAAAACAUAGUUCAUAAGUAUGGUAUCUAUUUCUUGAAAAUGUUGAUUCAGUUAUGAUUAAUGAAAGCGAUUUCUUGUUUAAAUUAAGAAAAAAUUAGAUAUAUAUAAUUUCAUAACUUUA